UGAUUAUUGGGCGUUACUCUUACUCGGUUGUCGGUUGGAGGUUAUGUUAGUAUAUUGUGUUGUGCGAUGUCCUGUAAGUUUUAAAAUCGAUGGUGUUAGAAUAUGGCUGAAGAAUUAUUAGUAGUAUUAAAUCGAAAAGAUAAUUCCGGUCUCGGUUUUUCGUUAUUAGGGAAACCUGGAUUACCACCCAUCAUUUAUAAUAUUAUUGACGAUUCACCAGCGGCGGAAAGUGGAGAGGUGGAAGUUGGAGACGUAAUUUUAAAAAUUAAUGAAACGGACGUGAAUAAAUUUAGUACAAAAGAAGUUUUAAAAUGUCUCCGGUUAUCAUCCGAUCCAGUGACACUAAAAAUAAAACGGGAUCCAAAAGUGAAGACAAUAAUCAAAAAGCAUCUGUUAUCUCCCAGUGCAGACGUGGACCUUAUGGACAUUCGUAGCAAAGGCUCAUUUACGAACGUAUAUAGAAAUACAAGGCCCGAACCAGCCGUUCAUCAACCUAACGUACGUGCCAAUGGAACAUGUUCAGCAGAGGAGGAAGCACUGCUAGCUGAUCAUUUUCAAGAGGAUGAGAGGUUACAGUGGGAACCGCUCGCGAGUGAAAUUUACAAACCUAAAGGUCCGCCAAAGUUUGAAGCAUACAUGAUGACUGGGGAACAUAUCCUCAACAUUUCCAGAACACAACAAAUUAACCUUUUACCAAAGCAACAAAAGAAAUUAGAGAAUCUUAGGUAUCGUAACACACAUUCGCAUCAUCAUCGUUAUCAGCAUAACUCUGUACCCAACAGUCCAAACGAAAUGGAAAUGGGACUUCGAACACAUAAAUCAAAUUCCAAUUCGGCCAACACAUCUCCUGUCAGUGCAAAUAAAAGGGACGUAAAUAUAGUUGUUAGUGAAUCGUCGAAACAAUUAGGUUUUAAUAGUAAUUCAUUUGUAAGAACAAGCCGAUCGGAGGAUCAACUACAAAUGCAAAAGGACUCUAGUAUUAGCACAGUAGAUAUUGAUAUAGAGGAUGACGUUACUAGUUCAUUAAAUACGUUACUAGAUACCCGACCAGAAGUUAGUUCCAAUUCGUCUACCAAAAGUGAUAGAAUUGUAUGGACGUACAAUGCGCCUGUUACGACAUCAUUAGAACAGCAUAAACAGUGUUGUCAAACUAUGUCUAAUGGAAGUACCUCGUCUCACAGCAAUUCUUCGCCAUCAUCCCCGAGUCCGUUAAGGUCACGAUCAGAUUCGCCGGCAUCACCCACAUCUGUGUCUUCCUCAAUUAUGUCUAGCCAUUCAGGUUCCUGUCGUAUGCCAUAUACCAUAACCAAUAGUUUGCAUUCCGAUACCGGGCAACCACAUCGAAACGGUGAUUAUAGCAUAUCUGAAGCAAUUUCGAAUAUCUCAAGUCCAGAUUAUCAUGACGAUAAUAGUAUGGGAAUUCGUGAUUGUGUUAUGGAAAUUAGUGAUCAUAGUGAUAGUGAUAGUACACUUUUAGUGUCAGAACCUCGACAGAGGUACGGAACUAAUGCCGAGUGUGACCAUCGGAUUGUGAUUCAAGUGAAGGGACCGGACAAAGACUUAAUGGGAUUAAAAGAUCGGGGCAAAGGUUACCGAGAAAAUGAAAAUCGACUGCGAUCCAAAUUCGAACUAUUUGCCGAACAAGAAAUGGGUAGUUCAAGGGACGAUAUGACCGAGGAGGGCACAACACUGAAAGAGUCGGGAAGAUCUACAUCCUCACCUCCAUCGUCAGAAGAUGAUAGUGAUAUUGAAAGUUUACACAGUUUUCACUAUUCACCUAAAGCUGUAGAUUUACCGUCAGCCGAACGUCUUGCCAAACGACUAUACUGUCUAGAUGGAUUCAAGAAAUCUGAUGUAUCUAGACAUCUUAGCAAAAACAACGACUUCAGUAGAGCUGUGGCCGAUGAGUAUCUGAAAUAUUUUGGAUUCAAACAUGACUCAUUAGAUAUUGCAUUACGAAAAUUUUUAAAGCAGUUUUCUCUGACUGGUGAAACACAGGAAAGGGAAAGGGUGUUAGUUCAUUUUUCGAAACGAUAUUUAGACUGUAAUCCAGGUUCCUUUAAUUCACAAGAUGCCGUACAUACUUUGACAUGUGCGAUUAUGUUGUUAAACACAGACUUGCAUGGACAGAACAUUACUCGAAAAAUGACCUGCAACGAAUUUAUCGAAAACUUGGCAGGAUUGAAUGAGUGUGAAAACUUUCCUCGAGAAAUUCUUAAGCAAUUGUUUCAUGCCAUUAAAAACUAUCCUCUUGAAUGGGCUCUUGAUGAAGAAGUGGAUGAUGGUACUGCUCAAAAUGCUCCAAAAAUUUAUGAUUCCAGUAAUGUAAGCGGAAAUCCAUUUUUAGACAUUCCAAAUUCAGCAAAUGCGGUGGAAUAUAAGAAGGGAUAUGUUAUGCGUAAAUGUUGCUACGAUGCUAAUGCUAAGCGAAGCCUUUGCUGCAUUUUUCUAGCUCCAUUUCACAAACGCAGCUGGAAGAUGUUCUACUGCACUCUGCGUGACCAAAUCCUAUAUUUACAUAAGGACGAAAAUGGAUUUAGAAAAAAUCAAAUGAGCGACAACUUGCACAACGCCAUUCGAAUCCACCAUUCACUUGCCACAAAAGCUGCGGAUUAUACGAAGAAGCAAUAUGUAUUUAGGUUACAAACUGCAGAUCAAGCUGAAUAUCUGUUUCAAACAAGUGAUUCCAAAGAACUUCUGUCUUGGAUAGAUACAAUAAAUUUUGUAUCUGCAAGUUUGUCUGCACAACCACUUGAAGCAGCUGUAGGUUCUCAGAAGAAAUUUCAGAGGCCCCUUUUGCCAUGCAGUCGUACAAAGCUAACGUUGCGGGAACAACUGCAUGAUCACGAGGAGAGAGUUAUGAGACUAGAAAACGAAUUAGACGAGCAUCAAAAAAAUCCACCGGAACGAGGAUCUAAGUCAUUAGUUGUACAAAAUUAUAAAGAAAAGGAACUUUAUUUAAAUUACGAGUUAAAAAGAUACAAAACAUACGCUUAUAUAUUAAGGUCACGAUUAUCUCAAUAUCCUGAUGUAGAAAUUAGUUUAGCGGAAAACAGUAUAGGAGAAUUAGACGAAGCCAGCGGUGUGGCUCUUUUAGAAGGAAGUUCUAAUGGUAUUGUGCCUCCACCUAUUCCGGAAAGGCAGUCUCCAGUUAUAAAUAGGUGUAGAAUUAUCAUUCUAAUUCGGUACGCUCCUAUAACAGAAAAUAUUACACCAUAUACAAAGGCAUCCGACUGAAAAACGUGUACCUACAUCGUAGCAUGGAAAGUGGGAAUUCAGCCUGCCAAUUGGUAGCUAAAGUAUUAUUUUUAUUUUUUUUGUGCAAUACUUGAAUAUAGUUAAUGAGGUUUGUCAGAAAAUGAAAUAAUAUCAAAAAUAGUUCCAUUAGACAAAAUGGAAUGUAUUGAAAUAUUCAACAAUUAUGUAAAACAUGGAAACUCCGUUAAUUCUUCAUCGUAUAUUUGUUACAAAGCAAGAAUUGUGUGAAUUUUUCGAUACAUGAACGAACCUCUUGAAUGAUUUGCAGCACUUAUUUAUUUUUAUAGAGCGAUACUUGUAUUUUUUUAUAACAAACUUGAUUUUUAAAUUAUGUACAUAACAUUUUAUGUAAUUUGUAUUUCUUGUAAAGUUUCAUUUUCAUUUUAAUAUCUAUAAUAUUGUAUAUCUAUAUUGUUUAUGUUUGUACAUGUAUAGUUUUACCAAUGGCAUGUUUAUAGUAAUAUUGGUAACGAAAAUGGCUGAGAUUAAACAUAUGUCAUUUUUUAUUAAUUAUUUUCUACUCCUUUCAUUUGCAUGAACAAAUGAUUCUGAUAGGGAAAGGAUAUGUUGUGAUUCAAUGUGCAUCAAUCUUAUUCAUAAUCUAUGCAUUUUAUGUGUUCAUUGUUUUUGUUUGCCACUAAUUUAGUGCAAUAGUGCAUAUGUUAUCAUCAUAUCUGCACAUACUAUACUGGAACAUAAAAUUAACAUUGAAGGUGUCGAAUUCCUCCAUGUUGCUUAUCUCCUGAUAUAACUGCAUAGACAUGCAGAGUAAAAGGUCGUCCCUGACUUCUUUGCCUUUGGUUUUUUUUUUACAGAGCAUUCAAAUUACCAACUUGUGCAGCCGUACUCAGUAUCAUACAAAGAAAAUAGAUAACAACACAAUAAGAAAGAGUAUCAAAGUUUUCUUUUUUACCAUCUUGCAUUAUCAUUAAUCAAUUUGCACGUUUUUGCAAUUGUUGCAUGUUGACCAUUUGUACUGAUAUAUUUAACCAUAAUAAACAGAUUAUACUACUUUUUUGUUGCAGUUGGUAUGCGGAAGUCGGCUUAAAUGUCAUUCUUAUUUAUUACCUUUAGAAUUGCAUAUCCAAUUUGAGCUGUGAACCAACUAACAAUGUGGUGUUAAAGCGAGUCAAAAUAGACAAGGUCCAAAAUGUUUCCCAAAGUUUGACAAUUUGGUUUUCAUUUUUCACCUUUUUUUCUCAGCAACAUAACAUAUACCAACAAGGAUGGAAUUAACGGAUUUACCUAGGUUGUUGUGUAUGUAUGAUUUUAUAGCCUGAUCCCCUUUAAUAGGGACUGCAAUAUUUGCGAUCAAAGAAUUUCUAAUUAUUCCAAUAUGCAAAACAUGUCAUAAAAAAAAUAUUUCCUGUGGACAUAUAAAAAUGUGUAGGACACAUUAGGAGCAGUGCACUGCUAGAGACACGUUCUACUACUAGAUCAAGCUCAAGCUUUCAUCCUAACUGUGAUGGUUCUUCAAUUAAAUAAACAAGAAACACAAGCUUUGAUUCUUUUGAAACAAUACAUUUUUGACGUUUGGUUUAGUUGGACACAUGUUAGCAUGUUACUAAUAAGAUAUGUUCAUAGUAAUUGCUACGUCGGUAACCGGUGACACAGACAACAGUUAUCUGUGCCGGUGAUGAAGGCUCCUUUUGUUUUUCAUACCUUUUUAAUUUAAGAAUUAACGCACUACUACAAAUGUCAUUCAUAUUUUCAUUCUACAUAACCAGAUCUGGGUAGCCAAUGGUAGAAUUGUGAAAUGAUAAUAUAGGGUAAGUGUUGAGUGCAUAUUAAAUAUAUUAGAAAAUACUGCAACAAUGUUUGAUCAGAAGUACCCUUAGACCACUGUUAAUGUCACAUUAAAACAACUGAGCAUAAUCAUUGGAAGUCCAUGGUAAAAUGUGCUUGACCUUCAGAAACAAGUUCAUAUUCUAAUAUAAAGUGAAAUACCAAUCUUAAUUAUCCCUUAGAAGAUUAUAUGUGGCGUAAAAAUCCAUUGGAAUGAUAUAGGUGUCGUUGAGGCAAAGUGGGCCACAUUUGAACCUGCCUCCAUUCCACACUUACUACUUUUCAAAAAAUUGAUUUGUGGAUUUUAGUUUAAUUUUAGUAUUUUCAAGUAUUUUAGUAAAUAAUCAGGUGAGUAUAUGUGAUUCUCAUAAGCUGGAGAACAUUGGUUCAGUGUGUUCCAGGAAGCAUACUACUUCAGGUUCCUUGUGUCCCUUUCUCUACAUCACCUUCACUUCCCGUACUCAUAUGGUCAGUCGAAAUGUUGAUCAUAUCCUCUUUGUCUUCUUUAAGCAUUUCUCACCAUUCUAUUACUAUUCCACGCAGAUGAAAAUUAUGAAAUUUCAAGGUCAAUGCGGUUUAAGAAAAAUUACCUACCUACCAUUGAAUUUAUAAAUUCAAUGCUACCUACUAGCACAGAUAUACGUCUGUGCUACUAUUAUAGUACAUAUAAUGAUAACUACUCAAAUGUUAACAAAUUCGCGGCACACAUGUGGACACAAUGCAUAAUGUGGUAGGAAUGGGGAAAUUUUUUUGCAUAUUUUUAUUUUAAAAGGGCGAACACCCGACCUUGCCGCCCCCUGGCUAUGGGCGUGAUCACGUUAUGCCUACUGCAAAGAGUGUUACUCUUUGCUUACUGUUUGAAACAAUCAUGUCCCUUUCUCUUUUGUGGAUGGGCUUCCUAGUUACCCAGUCCAUGACAAAAAUGCUUGCUAAAACCAGGUUUCCAUUCAAAAAAUAAUUAUCAAACAUCUACUGAAAUGCACCAAGCGACCUUUAGGGACGUCUUCUUUCAAGUCCUUUUUACGUUUCUGUCACCGAUUGCAACCAAAUCUUGUACACAUAUUGUUGGACAUAAAAGGGCAGAAUCACACAUGCGCAGGUGUGAGGGUGGUAUCUGUACUAGACAUAGCAAAUUUUCUUUUAAAGUAUACAUAGCCCAUAUCAUAUGUACACAUUUAAAAAAAGUGGUUUUAUUCACAGCUGUCUUCCUUCAUGAAGUUUUGAACUCGAUAGCUUUAAAAUGCGCUCUGCCUUGCAGUGACAACAUUUAGCUGGGAAACGUGUUUUUCGAAGAGAUAAAUGUAGGUGCUUGUGAGACCUGGCCUCAAGGUGGAUUCAUAAAUCCACCUUACCUGGCCUGUUUUGUUUAUGUAUGAGGCACACACUUUCACAUUGAAUGCCGUUUUUUCAUAUACGAUCAUGUGUUACACAAAUGAUUAAGCAUCCUGUACAAUUUGUUAACGGAAAUCCCUAAAAUGUGACUAUUGGCAACAAUAGGCUGUCAAAUGUCAGAAAAACAGAAAUAAGAGAUAACCUUCCUUGUGCGUUUAUUUUGAUUUAUUAAUUAAUAUAUUGAAAUUAAUUAUUAAUAAGAACUAAAACUCUAAGCAACAAUGCCGCGAAUAAUGAUAAAAGGUGGCGUUUGGCGAAACACGGAGG